GAAGCUCUAAAUAAAGAAAUCAUUUAUUGGAUACAUAUGGUGUUACACACAUUUUUUGAACUGCAUAAAGCCAUUUUUAUCGAUUUUGCCAAUAUUAAUUAAGAUGUCAAAUAUAGAUUCCUUCUUUAUCGGUGUUCCAUCAAAUAAUCUCUCAGCUUUUCUUUCUCUCUCUCUUUCUCUUGCCAAAACUCAAAAAUCUAUUCCCCAUUGAAUCAAACAAACUAAAUCUUUUAUCAGUUUAUUACUAAACAUAUAGGAAAAGUCUAACAAUCUCACCUAACCAUUUUUUCCAAUAGAAGAAGAUCAACAUUUUGGCAAACUUCUUAUGCAAGAAAAUAAGGGCAAAGUGUUUUUCAUUCUUUUAGGUUAUUAGGUUUUUACUUUGAACCCAUUGAGGUUUGUAAUAAAGAUGUUAUCAUUUCGAAUCCCGUCUAUCGGAGGCCAACCUACGGCAUUUGCUGCAAAAAUAACAGACAAUCCAAAGACCGUGGCACAACUCAAGUCGGCUGCAACACCUUCACCUCAUAGUACCGUCACGUGCGGUUACCAAGCUCAUGUGGCAGGCUUCUUUCGAAACGUCACCGUUUUAUGGUCCAAGAAUCUCAUGAAUCAUUCCCUCACCGUAAUGGUCUCGAGUUUAGACAAUGACAUGAAUUAUUGUUGUAAGAUUGAUCUCGUGAAGCCAUGGCAGUUUUGGAGCAAAAGAGGCUCAAAAGCAUUCGACGUAGAGGGAAACUUUGUGGAGGUCUUUUGGGAUCUUCGAUCGGCAAAAUUGGCUGGAAACGGUAGUCCGGAACCCGUGUCAGACUAUUACGUGGCAGUAGUUUCUGAUGAAGAGGUUGUUUUAUUGUUGGGAGAUUUAAAGCAAAAGGCUUACAAGAGGACGAAGUCAAGACCGGCAUUGGUGGAAGGGUUCAUAUAUUUUAAGAAAGAAAGCAUUUUUGGGAAGAAAACGUUUUCUACUCGGGCGAGAUUUGAUGAGCAAAAAAAAGAACAUGAAGUGGUGGUGGAAAGCUCUAAUGGAGCGGCGGAUCCUGAGAUGUGGAUAAGCGUGGACGGGAUCGUUGUCGUGCACGUGAAGAAUCUACAAUGGAAAUUUAGGGGAAAUCAAAUGGUGUUGGUGGAUAGAACGCCGGUAAUGGUCUACUACGAUGUUCAUGAUUGGUUGUUUGCAAGUUCAGAGACUGCGGCGACUUCAGGGUUGUUUUUGUUUAAGCCUGUUCCGGUUGGAGCGAUGGUAGAUGAGAGCUUUAGCGAUGCGGAGGAAGGAGAUAGCGGAGGAGGGAGUAGUCCUUUAAGUCGUUAUAAUUCAGCAUCAAGUGGUUAUGGACCGUUGCAUGACUUUUGUUUGUUUCUUUAUGCUUGGAAACUUGAAUGAAGAAUAUUAAUAUCAUAGUGUGUGCUUUUAAAUUUAAAUCUCUUUUGGUAAGUUGGAAUAGAA